CUGAACUUCCAUCACAACUUGAAGGCAUUCAAGUCCGAGUCCCUUCCAUCACUAUGUCUUUUAAUAUUGCCAGUCCGGACGCCCCGAUAGAAAGUCAGCCAACAAUCGGUCUCAUUGGGAUGGGGGCCAUGGGGAAAAUGUAUGCUAAUCAGUUUACAAAAGCGGGAUGGAAGAAAAUCCAUGUCUGUGAUCUUCCGACAAAAUAUGAAAGCCUGAAGCAAGAGUAUGCCACUGUUCCUGGGGUUACGGUUUUCAAAGACGGACAUGGUGUCGCACGUUCUUCAGAUUUCAUGAUAUACUCGGUCGAAGCAGAGUUCAUUGAGCGGGUUGUUGCCGAGUACGGUCCAUCUACGAAACUUAACGCGAUCGUUGCCGGUCAAACAUCCGUGAAAGCACCAGAAAAGAGCGCGUUUGAAAAUUACCUACCGGCCGAUGCACAGAUUGUUUCGUGCCAUUCGUUGCAUGGGCCCACGGUGUCUACGCUUGGGCAACCACUUAUUCUUAUCAAACAUCGCGCUUCCGAUCGCUCACUUCAUAUGGUCGAGGAUAUCCUACGUUCCUUUGGCUCUCGAUACGUCUACAUGUCUUACGAAGAACAUGAUCGGGCGACCGCCAAUACACAAGCUGUUACUCAUGCUGCUUUUCUCAGUAUGGGCUCGGCCUGGGCCUCGGAUCAAAUUUAUCCUUGGGAACAUGGACUCUACAUCGGUGGGAUGGAAACCGUCAAAGUAAACCUCACAUUACGAAUAUACAGCAAUGCAUGGCACGUAUACGCGGGCCUCGCCAUUCUAAACCCAAAAGCCCGAGAACAAAUCAAUCAAUAUGCCCGAAGUGCCACAGAACUCUAUAAACUCAUGGUCGUCGCCGGCACCCCUUCUAACCCAGAUGUUCACGGUGCUGGGAACAAAAACGGAGGUGAACGCGCUUCCACAUCCGAAAUCGAUGCAGAACGCGAGCGAAAGCUACGUGAACGGAUUUACUGGGCACGACAGGUUGUUUUCGGUGAUCGGAAAGGAAGGAGGCCGAUUUUACUCUCGCAGGAGCUUCUUGAUCAAUUUAGUCUCGGUCAAGUACCGCCGAACAAUGACAAUGGCUCGUCACCUUCCUCUUGCUCGCGUUACCGUCCCAAUUCACAUUUAUCGUUACUUGCAAUGGUCGAUUGUUGGGCCAAACUUGGUAUACAGCCAUUUGAAGAUUUGUCUUUCGCCGCCACACCUCUUUUCCGGCUGUUCCUUGGCGUAGCAGAGUAUCUAUUCCUAUCCCAAGAACUACUGGACUGUGCUAUUCACUCGGCUAUACACGAGACAUGGCACAAGUCUAACGAUUUGGAGUUUGUAUUGGCGGCUAGAGGGUGGAGUCAGUGUGUUAAUUUUGGGAGUUUUGACGUGUAUAAAAUGAGGUUUGCGGAAACGAGAGCGUUUUUUGAGGGACGGUUUGAGGAGGUGGGAGUGUUGGGGAGUCAAAUGAUCAAAGCGGUUAUGGAUAGCGAGAUGGAAAGGGAGGAAAGCGAGUCUGGUGAACAAUCUGAUUGA